AUGAUUUUAAAUACAAAGAUGUUUUCAAAUAUUAGUAUCAUACUUAUUGUGUUUACUUAUAGUUUAAAAGCUACUUUUCAAAACAAAAUGUCUUGUACUACAGAAACCAUUUGUCCAAUUUCUGAUUUGUUAGAUUUAAAAGAGUUGCCAAUGGAAUACGAAAAAAUUUUAAAAAAUGCAAUUAAUUGUGAAAAAGAUUUUUAUAUGGUUUUAGAGGCUGUGGACUUUAUUACUAGCAUUCCGUAUCACGAUUGGCUUAUAAUGUUUGCAAAAUGGUGCUGUGACAAAAAUGGAAAAGGAAACAAACUAUUAGAAGCUGAAAGCAGAAAUAAUCGAUUAAAAAAAAUUAGCAAACAAAUGGGAGAAUUUCAAAAAUAUUUAUUUGUAAUUAUUGAAGAUUCGUAUGAUCCACGUAACAUUAUAAAAAGGAAUUUAUUUGAUAUAAAAUUUAACGAAGAUAGGAUACGACUUACUGAAGCGCAAUAUACUUUAUACAAAGAAUUUAAAAUUUUGAUUAAUUUUAUCGAAGAGAAGUUUAAAUCUGAUAAAAGAGAAUUGUUAUUAAAAGCAUUGGAGAAAAAAGUUUCUAUCAUUGGUCAAAACUCUAAGUUAAGAAUUUUGGAUUUGAUAGCUAUUAAAUGUUUCGAAAUGGCUGAUUCAGAGUUAGUUAGUGGGAAUAAUAAAAAAAAUUAA